AUGCGGGAGCUGGAAACUAAAAUGGCUGAAUUUUCCUCGAUUAAAGAGAAAAAUAUAAAGUUAGAAAAUGACAAAAGUUGCCAUUCAGCUGAAAUGUCCAGAACAAUUUCAAACUUAAAACGUGAGAUGGAAAAUAUUCAGAGAGAACUCAAACAGGCCCGUGAGGAAACAAGAAAGUCUGCAUUACAGUUGAAAUCUGUAAAUGACGAGCAUGGAAAUUGCCAAAAUCGGAUUGCGUCUCUACGUAAAGAAAAUGAAAGAUUGCGAAGCAUGCCUAUGUACAAAAGCGACCAGACAAAACGUUCCGAAGCGGUACUUAGUCAGAGAGAACAGGAACUAAGCAUUGCUUUGGAAAAAUCACAACGCGAGCUCCGUGAAGUUCAGCAUGAGCUUGAUGAUACAAAGACAAGGUUAAGCAAGGUGAUGGGUCAGAAACUGACGGACAACAAUCCUAAUAUUGCCGACCUCAGCGAUAAGAAUCGACCUACAAAACUGGCUGAGCGCUACUCGGAGUUGUAUGACAACCAAUGGACAGACGCCUUCGAAGUCGUUAACAAACAGUUACAAGACGAGAAGUCUACAAUAGACUCACUUAUUGAUAUUUUAAUGAAUGCUGCCAAAUUUUGUCGAGGAGAAGCUAUGAAACAACUGGAGGAAAUACAAGGAAUUCUGCUACCAAAAAAGGUUGGAUUGGCGUUACCGUCACUUGUUUACAAAAACCUUAAGGAUUGUCGAAAGGCAUUGGGAGAUCUAACUGGUUCAGCUGUUUAUGAGAAAUAUAUGGAAGAAAAUGCAAGACUCCGUCUGAGGUCUCUACAACAAGAUGUAAAACCCUUCGCCAAAGAGUGCAUUGAACUGUGUUGGCUGAUGAGCAUCCAAGAUCCACCCGUUACUAUUGAGCCCGUGGUACAACGCGGCACAAAAUUCGACACGGACUUCUACAAGGCGUACACAAGUAGUGGUCCUCUCGUUGAUUACGUGGUCUGGCCCGCCCUGUGUCUCCACGAGAAAGGUCCACUUCUCUGCAAAGGCAUUGCUCAGGGAUACGGUGGGAAGAAGACAAAGUACUAUCAUGAAUCGGAGAGUUGUCAAAGUGAACUCAAAGAGGCCCAUGAGAAAAUAAGAAAGUUUUCUCUUCAAGACAGCGACAGAAGGGCUGUCAUCCUGAAACAAACGCUAAUAGAUAACGAUAUCACGAUGGACAAAUGGCUAAAACAAAACCAGCAUUGCAACGAUAAAGAUAUUCUUGCAAAGAGAUCUGAAUACUUUGAUCUGAAUCAGGAUGAGAUAUAUCAACUACAGCAAAAACAACAAGAAAACAAAAGAAAUAUUGAAUACUUGAAAAAGCGGAAUGACGAACUUUGGACUAAAAAUGAUGAAUUGGUUAACGAGAAUAGAUUCCAAGAAAAAAAACUAGAUGGGUAUGAUCUGGAUUUAAAACAUCAAUUGAAAAAAGUAGAUAAAUUAGAGCAACAUAUUAACGACAACGCCAGUUAUACAGAACAUAUAGAGUAUCUGCUGACUCAGCAACAAGCACGGAACAAAUCUCUAAAAAAUGAAGUUUCUCGGUUAAAUGCAUUAGUAGGUAAGCUCGUUAACCGUGAACAUCUGGGUACAAAUAGGAUACAAAGAGAAAAAGAAGAAAAUCAAACGCUACGUCGUGAGAUCAUUGAUUUAGAGCUUGAAGCGGCUGCUUUGCGCAAGGAGCUUAUAACACUUCAAGGACGUUAUGACCGCAUGAGUAAAUGUAGAGAAGGGUCUGCUACUAGUGUAAACAGACAUGAAAGAAGUGGCAUUUGUUCACAAAAAACGACACAUAAGAAAUCACCAAAGCCAGGACGUUCGCUAAUAAGAGAGAAUGCAAUGUCAUUCAAAGCAGUUGACACGUUGAAUAGAUAUGAUGUAAAUUCUCUUGAAAGGGAGCGUGAACUCUUUCAUGCAAAAAUUAAUGAGUUAGAAAAUCAACUCCACUCACUCCGUCGGGAAAGAGACUCGCUCUAUGACGAGUUAAAUAAAACAGUUUUGCCAGGCUCAGAGCACUCAAACCAUUUUUGGAGGGAGAUUCAGGUCGUACAACCUAACACAACAUAUCAACAUAACGAAGUAUCCAGUUCAAAACACAACCCAGAUGAUAAAUUAGCUCGAUCACAAUUAAAUCGACAGCUUAUUUCAUGUCGGCAAGAAAAAAGAUUAGCAAAUGACAAAAUACAAGAACAAGAAUAUAUAAUAAGGCGGUUAAGGGAAGAAAAAGAGAAACUGAUACAGGAGAACCGAAAACAACGUUCUUAUUACAAGGAAAUGGCUAUGCAUUUCCAACAAGAUACAGAGAAACGGGAGCAAAAAACACAGAGCGUGUUGAACGAGGAAUUGGAAAACGACAGAUCUAAAACCGCAGUGCUUUCAAUUGAAAUAAACAAAUCAGCAGAAAUCCUACACGAAGUGACUAAAGAACUGGAAAGCGAAAAAUCUAGAAACGCCAUAUUGCUUACAAAAAGUAACCAAUACAGGGAAAAGAUGAAACAAGCUUAUGUUGAUUUGUCGAACUAUCAUGCACCUCUCAUGCAAGAAAAUAGACAAUCAACAGAGAGGACUGCGACUGAAAACAAUCAGCAGUUAGAGCGAAGCCUUUUUGAUCUGUUUAGGUUAAACGAAGAUAUGAAAGGAGAAGUUGGUUCAUUAAACGAUAAAGCCACAAAGUUAACAGAUACCAUUGAAGAAAAAGAUAAAAAUAUAAGUAAGCUACAAAGUGAACUUCAGAGGAAGUAUCAAGAGAUUGCAGAUAGACAGGGUGAUCUCGUCUUGCUAAAAGAGACAAAUGUCAAGAAUGAACGAUUGAUUUCUGAUCUACAAACCGAAAUGAAACAGUUUCAAAUGAAGUUUAAAGAAACAAGUCCUGACUCAGAAAGAAUCACAGAUACUAUCAUACACCUAGAACGUGAAGUGGAAGAAUAUAAAAAUGAAAUGAAAAAGACUCGCGAGGAAAUUGAACAUGCGACUGACAAAAACCUACAGAUGAAUCGAAAUAUUUCUGACCUUAAAAUAUCUGAGCUCGCAUGGAGUGAGAAAAUGGAUUCUCUAAACGAUCAAAUCAAAGAGUUGACAAAGAGAAAAGACAAUGAAAUAAGUAGGCUUGAAAUAAAACUUCAACGAAAGUGUCAAGAGAUUGAAAAUGCAAUGGUUGAUGUCGCGUUGAUAAAAGGACGAAAUGAAAAGAAUGAACAACUGGUCACUGAUUUACAAAUUGAACUAGACCAAUAUAAAGCUAACUUGAAAGACAAAGACUCUAAUUCAGAGGAAAUUAACUUUAUAGCUACAACUUUACGACGCAAGGUGGAGACAUAUGAGAGCGAACUCAAACAGGCACGGGAAGAAAUAAGAAAUGCGACUGAGAAAUCUCAACAGAUGGAUCGAACGAUUUCAGCUUUUAAGAAUUCUGAACAAUCGUUGGUUGAUGAAAGAGAUUCUUUUAAAGAUAAAAUCAUAGAGUUAACAACUAUUCUCAAAAGGAGAGACAGCGAAAUACGGGAGAUGGAAACUAAAAUGGCUGAAUUUUCCUCGAUUAAAGAGAAAAUUAUAAAGUUAGAAAAUGACAAAAGUUGUCAUUUAGCUGAAAUGUCCAGAACUAUUUCAAACUUAAAACGUGAGAUGGAAAAUAUUCAGAGUGAACUCAACCAGGCCCGUGAGGAAACAAGAAAGUCUGCUUUACAGUUGAAAUUUGUAAAUGACGAACAUGGAAAUUGCCAAAAUCGGAUUGCGUCUCUACGUAAAGAAAAUGAAAAAUUGAGAAGCAUGCCUAUGUACAAAGACGACCAGACAAGAUGUUCAGAAGCAGUAAUUAGUAAGAGAGAACAGGAACUAAGCCUUGCUUUGAAAAAAGCACAACGCGAGCUUCGUGAAGUUCAGCAUGAGCUUGAUGAUACAAAGACAAGGUUAAGUAAAGUGAUGGGUCAGAAACUGACGGACAACAAUCCUAAUAUUGCCGACCUCAGCGAUAAGAAUCGACCUACAAAACUGGCCGAGCGUUACUCGGAGUUGUAUGACAACCAAUGGACAGACGCCUUCGAAGUCGUUAACAAACAGUUACAAGACGACAAGAUUACAAUUGACUCACUUAUUGAUAUUUUAAUGAAUGCUGCCAAAUUCUGUCGAGGAGAAUCUAUGAAACAACUGGAGGAAAUACAAGGAAUUCUGCUACCAAAAAAGGUUGGAUUGGCGUUACCGUCACUUGUUUACAAAAACCUUAAGGAUUGUCGAAAGGCAUUAGGAGAUCUAACUGGUGCAGCUGUUUAUGAGAAAUAUAUGGAAGAAAAUGCAAGACUCCGUCUGGGGUCUCUACAACAAGAUGUAAAACCCUUCGUCAAAGAGUGCAUUGAACUGUGUUGGCUGAUGAGCAUCCAAGAUCCACCCGUUACUAUUGAGCCCGUGGUACAACGCGGCACAAAAUUCGACACGGACUUCUACAAGGCGUACACAAGUAGUGGUCCUCUCGUUGAUUACGUGGUCUGGCCCGCCCUGUGUCUCCACGAGAAAGGUCCACUUCUUUGCAAAGGCAUUGCUCAGGGAUACGGUGGAAAGAAGACAAAGUACUAGCAAAUCAUCAUGGUGUUUUCGCUUUUACAUUCACAAGUAUUUCUGUGUAGUACUUUGUUAUGCGUAAUGAAGAGUUGUAGUGCAAUGGUCUUCCAGAUAGAAGGAACAUUGUUGCGUAUUUGAGGGUUUUAAUUCGUACACCCUUGUCAAUUUUCAAAUUUACAAGACGUAUUACAUUCACAUGCAUACUAAAAAAGUAAACAUGCGAUUUUAUUCUGAACAUUAAAAUAGAGUUCUUUUUAGAUACUCAUAAAAGUAACAGAGAAAGUACUUAUACUAGACUAUAUUUUGAUAAAUAAGGAAAUGGUAUUUUUGUUAUUUUAGCACCGCCUAUACGUUUUACAUUGGAGUUAAAAACCGAAAUCCCAUGGUUUGCAGUGUCAUUUGUAUCAAACAAUUGUUGACAUUGUGUAUAAGUACUCUGCUAUUAUAAUAGAGAUAUCAAACGACUACUACAUGUAUGCUUUUUAUGUGCUGCUAUCUUUUCGACUUUAUAUUAGUGUGGUUGUGUGAUAAAAAUAUGCCCAUUUACAAAUACUUGACCAUUGCAUUAUACAACUAUAUGUAUGGUUAUUAUAAUGUUAACUUACGUAAGUUUCGUUUCGAUUAAAAGUACAUUUAAGUUAACAGUACUGUUUGAUUAAUGGGAUUUUGUUUUUUGUUUUAUUUUUUGUGUUUUGUGCAACGAUUGGUGACAACAAAAAGAUAAUUGGUUAGGAUGAGAUGACAUCACGUCCUAUCACAAUCGAACAAAAUAUUUGUGUAAAAUGAUAUUGUAUUUUAAUAGUUGGCGUUCUUCUUGGUAAACGUCUAACUGUAUUAUAUUUGGAAUAAACGAUGUUUGUGUAAUCGUUUGUGCAGUGACUAAGCUAUAGUUUGCUGACGAUAGUUUUCCACUCAUUGAGGAAAUGAGAAUGCGCAUCAAAUAAAAUGACGGAUAUGAAUGUGGUGUUAGGUUUCGUCUACCUUAAAAUCAAGCACUGUUAUUAUUGUAAAUGUUGUAGUAAUUGUUUUAAUGGAUUGUUUAGUGAGUGUAAUAAGCAGCAUUAAAUCACAAGGAAUUUAUAGGUUGCAAUUAUUACAAAAACGGUUUUAUAUUAAGUGUUUUUUUUAAAUAGCAUGAUGUAUAUUGUUGUAACGGUCUGUUUUUAAAUCUUUACUUCUACUUUGAAUGUAUAUGUAAUUUUAAAUAAACGGAUUUUACAUUUA